UCCUUCCCUUGGACAUGGCGCGCACCUGCCCGGCAACAUUGGCCGGCUCCAGCACCGCGCUGUACCGGCCCGCUCUGCCCAGCGUCUGCCGGGGGUUGGGUGGAGGCGGCGGGGGAGGGGGCAUGACUGGAGCACCCCCGAGUACAGCACCGUACUGAGCUCCCAAGGUGCUGAGCCCCAGGGCACGCACCGUCCCUGUCCGACUCUGCGGGGAUGGCGUCCCAGGUGUUGCAGCUGCUCAGGCAGGGCGUGUGGGCCGCACUCACAGGGGGCUGGUACCACGACCCCGAGCAUAGCAAAUUCACCAACAGCUGCCACCUCUACCUGUGGCUGUUCCUGCUGCUGCUGCCUCUGACUCUGCACCUGGCUUUCCCUCCAAACGUCCUCACUGCACUGUUCUACUGCGGCUCUGUGACCAUCCUCUUUGCAAUCAUCAAGCUCGUCAGCUACCGCCUGCACCUCAUGUUCGAUAAGGGAGAAGUGAUCCAGCGCCAGUCCCCGCGAAAGAAGAGCAAGCGAAGACCAGAGGGAGAGGCCAGCAACCAGCGCAUGGCCAGCCACAAAAACCCAAGCAAUAACAGGCAGAUUCACAGCGCCAAGAAGGAGGAGCCUCGAGGGAGCCUGCCCACACCACCCCUCCGCUGCAGCUCCCGAGGGCAGAGCGUCCACUCCCAGCGUUCCUCGCCAUUGGAAUUGCCAGCACAGGAGACAGUAGAAGACCUCAAAGGUGUUGUUCUGUCAGAGGAUCAACCAGAGGCAGUGGUGUCAUCUACCUCACCUGGCAUCAAGUCAGAAAGCCUACCUGCAUCUCAGGGGCGUACCCCGGAACCCACUCCCAGACCAGCAGGACCAGUGAAGCCAGUUACCACAGAGAUCCUCACAGGAAGAAAAGGGAAAGAGCCGGGGGGCACUGGCCAGCGCCCGGCCCGACACAGGUCUGAGAGUGGCCUGGUGAACACUGGAGCCUUGAAGAAGUUGCCACAUCUGUCCCUGUCCCAGUAUGACUUACUGGAAACUGACAUCUCCUUCCAGCCGUGGGGCAGUGAGCACUCUGCUCUGAUUCCACAGUGCCCCAGUUGUCCCCAGGAUCCCACCAGGGCACAGUCACAGAGCAGAUUGCCUCAGGACAGCCUGAGCAGCAGCUGUGGUCAGCACAACACUGUCCUGGCCAAACCCACAGAAGAGGAGGAGCUGACCCAAACAUCGGGUCAGGUGGAACCGCCCUUGAACCAGGAAGUGGUUGACUCUGAUGGCGAGGUUGCGGUGACCCUCAUUGAUAACUCCCAGCCUGGAGAACCAUUGAGUCUGCAUGAGCCCAUUAAGAUAGUCAUCACGAUGAGUAGCACCCCAAACUCCACAAGUGACCUGGAGAGUUCCCUGCACCUGAAGGUAACCAGCUCUGAUAGAACCAGUGUCAGGCUGGAUGCAGAGCCUUCUGGUCCAGGAGUGGCCGGUCCUGCAGAUUCUGAGCAGGUCAGAAUUCCUUUGAUCACCCUUGAAUUAACUGAGGAUGGAGGAGGAAGAGGCAUCUCUUGUCCUGAAGGAAACGAGGGAGAAAGAACCCCAGAGAGAACGCAGGUGAUGUCAUCUGCUCAUUGUCUUGGUUGUGGAUCUGGGGACAUGGAGUGUAGCCCCCAAAAUGGCAGUCCCACCCCACGGCAUGCCUGGGAAUCCACCCCUGCACCGCUCACACCCAGGGUGGACCCCGAGUCUGAGGAGAGCAGGGAGGGCCAGGCUAACCUGGACCCAGCCUCUUGUAAGAGUGGCCAUGAGAAAAGGCACACCCGUGUGCUCAGUGUGGACAGUGCGACCGAUGUCUUCUUAAGCCGGAGUCCCAAGGAGGUGGCCAGCGACAGCGAGAAACCCAUCCCAACAUCCAAAUCAGACCUGGAAGCCAAGGAAGGGCAGAUUCCAAAUGAAUCCAACUUCCUAGAGUUUGUCUCCCUACUGGAAUCCAUCAACACCUCCAAAGUGGUGGCCUCCGACUCAGCAGCAGAGCAGAAAGGAGCAGAUCAGGGUCCUGCAGAUCACACCUCCCCAGGGACCAAGGAGGAAGCAGUGGAGAGUGGAAAACCCAGUGGACACGAUCCGAAGCCAGGAAAAGCAGAUUUGCCAAGCCAAGACCGUGCAGUCGCCAGCCCGGUGUUGACACAGCCUGCCAAGACCACAGCACUUUUCCAGGGCAGUCGGCAAAGGCAGAUCAUCUACAGAGUGACCUCCCAACAAGACAGCUCGGUGCUACAGGUCAUCAGUGGACCAGAAACAUCUGUACAGGAGGAGAUGUCCCUGGAUGCCAUGCACGUCUUCAUUGAUGAACAUGGGGAAAUCAAGUCGUGCUAUUUAAAGUCUGGAAACCAGAAAGAAGGCUCCUCCCAACAUCUGCCCCUGAACCCUGAUUGUGCCUCUCGCGCCAGAGAGAUUCUUCUCAGCUCUUCCAGUACCACCACUUCAGACAGCCCAGAUCCGUCCUCAGGGGACCCUGCAGUCAGUGCCCUGCAGCAGCAGCUGCUGCUCAUGGUGGCCCGAAGGACACAGUCGGAAACCCCACGGCACGUGAGCCAGGACCUGGAAGACUCGUCGCGAUCCUCGGCGCAAGGAAGGUUUAACCGAGAGCAGUUUUACAAAUUCAUCAUUUUCCCUGGGAAGUGGAUUAAAGUCUGGUAUGACCGACUCACCUUGUUGGCGCUAUUGGAUCGAACUGAGGAUGUGAAGGAGAACGUGGUGGCGAUUCUGCUCAGUGUCCUGGUUUCCCUCCUGGGCUUUCUGACGCUGAACCGUGGCUUCUGUAGAGACCUGUGGGUCCUGCUCUUCUGCGUGGUCAUGGCCAGCUGCCAGUACUCCCUGCUCAAGAGCGUCCAACCUGACCCCGCCUCACCAAUACACGGACACAACCAAAUCAUAGCCUAUAGCAGACCAAUCUAUUUCUGUAUGCUGUGUGGCCUUAUUUUGCUUCUUGAUGCAGGGGCCAAAGCCAGGCACCCUCCCAGCUAUGUCGUAUAUGGCCUGAAGCUCUUCUCCCCUGAGACCCUGCAAUCAGUCAGGGACCACUUAAUAGUAUUUUUAUGUUGCUUCCCUGUGAUCUCCCUCCUGGGCCUCUUCCCACAGAUCAACACCUUCUGCACGUACCUUCUGGAACAAGUGGACAUGCUGCUCUUUGGAGGUUCUGCUGUUUCUGGAAUCACAUCAGCCGUGUACAGUGUGGGCCGGAGUGUCUUGGUAGCAGCCCUGCUCCACGCCUUCUGCUUCAGUGCCGUCAAGGAACCAUGGAGCACACAGCACAUCCCAGCGCUGUUCUCCGCCUUCUGUGGGCUGUUGGUCGCACUGUCCUACCAUCUGAGCCGGCAGAGCAGUGAUCCAUCGGUGCUCCUGUCCUUCGUUCAGUGCAGAUUUCUUCCUAAAUGCUUACAUCAGGACCUGGACGAGUCGGCCACAGACCCUCUCCCUCAGAGGAUGAAGGACUCAGUGAAGGAUGUCCUGCGGUCAGAUCUUGUCGUCUGCUCAGCAGCUGCUGUCCUUUCCUUUGCCGUCAGUGCCAGCACCGUCUUCCUGUCCUUACGGCCUUUUCUCAGCAUCGUGCUCUUUGCCCUGGCCGGCACAGUGGGACUCGUCACCCACCACCUGCUCCCUCAGCUCCGAAAGCACCACCCGUGGAUGUGGGUUUCACACCCUGUACUCAAGAGCAAGGAGUGCCAGCAACGGGAAGCUAGAGAUAUUGCCCAUCUGAUGUGGUUUGAGAGACUCUACGUGUGGCUUCAGUGUUUUGAAAAGUAUCUCUUGUACCCGGCCAUCGUCCUGAAUGCCCUCACCCUUGAUGCGUUCUCCAUAAGCAACUACAGGAGACUCGGGACCCACUGGGACAUUUUUUUGAUGAUCACCGCUGGCAUGAAGCUACUGAGGACCGCGUUCUGUAACCCAGUUCACCAGUUUGCUAACUUGGGUUUCACGGUCAUCUUUUUCCACUUUGACUACAAAGACAUUUCUGAGAGCUUCCUCCUGGAUUUCUUCAUGGUGUCCAUUGUAUCCACCAAGCUCGGGGACCUGCUACACAAGCUGCAGUUUGUCCUGGCCUACGUGGCCCCUUGGCAGAUGGCCUGGGGUUCUUCCUUUCACGUGUUUGCCCAGCUCUUCGCCAUCCCUCACUCGGCCAUGCUUUUCUUCCAGACGUUUGCCACCUCGAUCUUCUCUACACCCCUGAGCCCUUUCCUGGGGAGCGUCAUAUUCAUCACUUCCUAUGUCAGGCCGGUGAAGUUCUGGGAGAGAAGCUAUAAUACAAGGCGUGUGGAUAAUUCCAACACAAGAUUGGCUGUGCAAAUGGAAAGAGACCCAGGGAGCGAUGACAACAAUCUCAAUUCCAUCUUCUAUGAGCACCUGACACGGACCCUGCAGGAGUCGCUCUGUGGAGACCUGGUGCUUGGCCGUUGGGGCAACUACAGCUCUGGUGAUUGCUUCAUUUUGGCUUCGGAUGACCUCAAUGCCUUCGUCCACCUGAUCGAGAUUGGGAACGGUCUUGUCACCUUUCAACUUCGAGGACUAGAGUUCCGAGGGACUUACUGCCAGCAGAGGGAGGUGGAGGCCAUCAUGGAAGGUGACGAGGAUGACAGAGGUUGCUGCUGCUGCAAGCCUGGCCACCUGCCACACCUGCUGUCCUGCAAUGCCGCCUUCCACCUGCGCUGGCUCACCUGGGAGAUCACGCGCACACAGUACAUCCUGGAGGGCUAUCGCAUCAUGGACAACAAUGCAGCCACCAUGCUACAGGUGUUUGACCUCCGCAGGGUGCUCGUCCGCUACUAUGUCAAGAGCAUAAUAUACUACAUGGUCACUUCCCCCAAACUCCUCUCGUGGGUCAAGAACGAGCCCCUGCUGAAGUCCCUCCAGCCCUUCGCCAAGUGGCACCACAUUGAGCGUGACCUUGCGAUGUUUAACAUCAACAUCGACGAUGACUACGUCCCGUGUCUCCAGGGCAUCACACGGGCGAGUUACUGCACCGUGUUCCUGGAGUGGAUUCAGUACUGCGCAGGGAAAAGACAGGAGCUCUCCAAGGCCCUGGACCCUGUGGACAGCGAUGAAGACUCACCUCUGGUGACACUUUCCUUUGCCCUGUGCAUUUUUGGAAGGCGAGCUCUGGGAACAGCUGCACACAAUAUGGCUAUGAGCCUGGAUUCCUUUCUGUACGGGCUGCAUGCCCUCUUCAAAGGUGACUUCCGGGUCACAGCUCGAGACGAGUGGGUAUUUGCCGACAUGGACCUGUUGCACAAAGUUGUUGUUCCAGCCGUCCGGAUGUCCCUGAAGCUGCACCAGGACCAGUUCACCUGCCCGGAUGAGUAUGAAGAUCCGGCGGUUCUCUAUGAGGCCAUCCAGUCCUUCGAGAAGAAGGUCGUGAUCUGCCACGAGGGAGACCCAGCCUGGAGGGGUGCGGUGCUGUCCAACAAGGAGGAGCUGCUGACCCUGAGGCACGUGGUGGACGAGGGUGCCGAUGAAUACAAAGUCAUCAUGCUCCACAGGGGUUUCCUGAGCUUCAAGGUCAUCAAGGUAAACAAGGAGUGCGUGAGAGGACUCUGGGCAGGGCAGCAGCAGGAACUCAUCUUCCUGCGCAACCGCAACCCAGAGCGUGGAAGCAUCCAGAACAACAAGCAGGUGCUACGCAAUCUCAUCAACUCCUCCUGCGAUCAGCCGCUGGGGUACCCCAUGUAUGUCUCCCCACUGACCACGUCCUACCUGGGAACCCACAAGCAGCUGCAAAGCGUCUGGGGUGGGCCUGUCACACUGGACCGUGUGAGGACGUGGUUCCAGACCAGAUGGCUAAGGAUGAGAAAGGACUGCAGUGUGGGCCAGAGGAGCGGUGGCAACAUUGAAGAUGUGGAUGGACCAGCAGGACCAGCAGCAGGUGGUAGGAAUGCCCCCAGUGGAGAAAGCCGGGACAGCAACUCAGAACAAGCCAGAAAAGGAGGCACCCAGCAAUGGGCCUCACCCCGUGGAGAGGGUCAUAGGACAGGAAGAAGGAAGGGCAGAAGCCAGUCCGUCCUGGCACACUCGGCAAUAAGCCAGAGGCCACCUACUCUGAGCUCCUCAGGUCCCAUUGUAGAGAGCCACCAAGCCUUCCUUCAGACGUCCAGCUCUGUGCAUGAGCUGGCCCAGAGGCCUUCAGGAAGCCGGCUUUCCUUGCACAACUCAGCUGCAUCCCUGCACUCGCAACCACCUCCAGUCACCACCACGGGUCACCUGAGUGUCCGGGAGCGGGCUGAGGCACUCAUUCGGUCUAGCCUGGGCUCUUCAACCAGCUCUACUCUCAGCUUCCUCUUUGGCAAAAGGAGUUUCUCCAGUGCGCUUGUCAUCUCUGGACUCUCUGCUGCAGAGGGAGGCAACACCAGCGACACCCAGUCAUCCAGCAGUGUCAACAUCGUGAUGGGUCCUUCCGCGAGGGCCGCAAGCCAUGCUGCUCGGCACUUCUCUGAGCCAUGUGAACCCACUGACACCCCAGAGCAAGGGCAGCUUCCAGAUCCACGGCUGGCAGAGGCUGUGGCAGAGAACCUGGGGAUGCUUUGCCGGAGAGCGAGCCAGGAGGACAUGGGCCUGGAUGACACAGCUUCCCAGCAGAGUGCCUCGGAUGAGCAAUAGUGGACACAUUUUUGGUCAGAGAGAUGGGGACGCUCUCUGCUCCAGAAUCACAUGGUUCUUCCUGAGGGAAAAGAAGAGCCAUUCUAGAAAACAAUAACUUUAUCUCAGGUUCUUGGAAACACUCACCUAGUGGGAGUCGGGAAAAGACAUUGCGCCUCUUCCCUCAAGCACUGCACAAGAGUUGGACAUUUCUCACAAAAGCCAUGGUAUAUCUUAAAACAACUAGAAUGAGUAGGGCCCAGGACUGGCUCCUCCUGCUCUGGUAAUAGAACAGCUGCAUGCUACAUUACUGGCAUUUUACACAUCAUUGCCACCAUGAGAGAGCAGAGUCACAGCCCCUGAGGCCAUCAGCAGGCCAGGGGCAUCCAGGUUCGGCCCAACUGCAAAGAGCCUCCUCCUUUAUGACCCUCGCACAGUUGGAAGUGCAAACCAUUCUCCACAACCUGAUGGUGCACUGGUCCAGGAUGGGAGUUUCAGGGUGAUAUGCUCCUCCCUCAAGUUCUGGGCCACCCAGGACCCCUGCGUGCUUCCCAGGAAUGCAUGCUAGUCUUCCAAGCUAAGCAAGCUCUACUGUAUGUGAGCACAUUUGCACACACCUCUGUUUUAGGGAUUAAAAUGUUUACAGUUC